AUGUCUCAUUCCAAGGACGAUGCGCCGUCGGGCGCCCAGACGCCUCUCAAGGGCGCCAGCGAUACCGAGAUUGGCGCCGUCGGUAACCUCUCCGAUGUCGAGAGCGCCCGCUUCCAAAUCGCCCGCGACAACAAGCGCCAGCUCGGCGUCCCCUCGGCCACGCUCCUCAUCUUCAACCGCAUCAUCGGCACCGGCAUCUUCGCCACGCCGGCGACGAUCCUCUCGCUGUGCGGCUCCGUCGGGCUGACGCUCUUCAUCUGGGUCGCCGGCAUGCUCAUCGCGGCCGCCGGCACCGCCGUCUACAUGGAGUUUGGCACCGCCAUGCCGCGCAACGGCGGCGAGAAGAACUACCUCGAGUUCGUCUACCGCCGCCCGCGCUUCCUCACCACCUGCCUCUACACCGGCUACGUCGUGCUCCUCGGCUGGGCCGCCGGCAACUCGGUCAUCUUUGGCGAGUACAUCCUGCACGCCGCGCGCGUCGAGGUCACGCGCUGGAACCAGCGCGGCAUCGCGCUCGCCUGCCUCACGGCCGCGUUCCUCGUGCACGGCUGCGCGCUCAAAUGGGGCGUGCGGCUGCAGAACGCGCUCGGCAUCAUCAAGAUCAUCGUCAUCGUGCUCAUCAUCGUCGCACCGCUCGCCAACCUCAAAAAGGUGCGCGAAAACGACAGCUUCCGCGACUCCUUCCAGGGCACCAACUCGAGCGCCUACGGCAUCGUCACGGCCCUGUACAACGUCAUCUGGAGCUACGUCGGGUACAGCAACGCAAACUACGCCCUCAGCGAGACCAAGGACCCCGUGCGCACGCUCAAGCGCGCCGCGCCGCUCGCCAUCGGCACCGUCUCCGUGCUCUACAUGCUCGCCAACAUCUCCUACUUUGCCGCCGUGUCCAAGCAGGAGAUGCUCGAGUCCAAGCGGCUCGUGGCCGCCUCGCUGUUCCGCAACAUGUACGGCGAGUCGGCCGAGCGCGCCCUGUCCGUCUUUGUCGCCCUCUCCGCCUUCGGCAACGUGCUGAGCGUCAUCUUCUCGCAGGGCCGGCUCGUGCAGGAGCUCGGCCGCGAGGGCGUGCUGCCCUUUUCGCGCUUCUGGGCCAGCAACCGGCCCUUCAACGCGCCGCUCGCCGGCCUCUUUGAGCACUGGGCCAUCACCACCAUCACCAUGCUGGCCCCGCCCUCGGGCGACGCCUACAACUUUGUCCUCAACCUCAUCUCGUACCCGCUCGCCAUCAUCAACGCCUUUGUCGGCGCCGGCCUCGUCUACCUCUACCGCAACAAGGAGAAGCGCAACUGGAACCCGCCCUUCAAGGCCACCCUGCCCGUCGCCGUCUUCUUCUGCCUCAGCAACGUCUACCUCGUCGUCGCCCCGUUCGUGCCCCCCUCGGAGGGCCAGAACGUCUACGAGCACCUGCCGUACUGGAUCCACUGCGUGGUCGGCUUCGGUGUCAUUGGCGCCGGCGGCGUGUACUGGCUGAUCUGGACAAAGGCCCUGCCCAAGAUUGGUCGCUACCAGCUGGUGCGCGAGACGUACAUGGAUGAAAUUGAUGGGUGGGAGCGCAGUCGCUUUACUAAGAAGCCCCUGGACAGCCACAUCGAGUAG